AUGCCACCGAAGAAGUACGUCAUCCCCCGCGCGGCGGCAACCGCGACCGCCUCCGUCGCCCAGCCGAAGCAGAGGAAGCCGAGGGCGCCGCCGUCCAAGCCACCGGGCAUGCCAAACGCCGAGUGGAGGGUGGAAGUUCGGCGACGGGAGGCUGUCACCGCCGACCGACGGAACAGGGCCAUCGCCAAGAAGGCCUGUGACAACGCGACUCGCGCGGCUGCGGCUGCCGCUUCGGCAGACCAAGCCGAGGCCGAGGCGACUCGCGCGGGGAUGAUGAAUCCACCCGGCAGCCACGCCCAGUACGCUCUCUGGGGCCAGCAAAGCGUCGGCUCUCCGUCGCCGCAGCCAUGGGGAUCGCCCUCGCCGAGCUACGCCGACGGGGACGCGCUCGGUGGGUUCAACCCAAACGUCACCUUCCCCCAUGGACACCCGGCCCAGCGCACGCCCUCGCCCGCCUUCGCCGGCGUGCAGUGCCCUUCAUACAACUACUCGCCGCCCGCCUACGCGUCCUCCCCGACGCCCCAUCACGCCGUUGCGCGCUGCCCUUCUCGCACCUCGGCGACACCGACGAGACCGAGAGCGACAUGGACGACAUCAUCGCGGCAGGUUCGGCCGCGGCCGCCGCGUCUCCCGGGGCGCAAGAAGAAGAAGCGGGCGGCCAGGUCAGGCGAGCCGCGCAUCAAGUGGGCGUCCAAGGAGGAGGAAUGCCUCGCCGAAGCAUGGAAAGUCGCCUGCCUCGACUCGACCACCGGCACGAACCAGAGCAUCGAGACGUACUGGGAUCGCAUCAAGGCCGAGUUCGACGAGCGCAAGCUCGUCGACCCCUACUUCAAAGGCAUCUACAUGCAGCGCGGCUCGAAGGCGAUGGCGAACCAUUGGGGGCUGGGCGGAAGUCCGGCGCACCCUCAACAAGCCAAGGAGACCUACAAGCCGGACGCGCCGACUCCGGGCGCGUCAGAAGGGCGGCCGGACGGCAACAAAGGUGCCAAGAAGGGGAAACACGCCGACGCGGCCACCGCGCGAGUGCAGGAGUCCAUCGAGCACUGCCUCGCCGACGCACAGGCCCGGGCCGUCCUUCGUGAAGAGAAGACCGACAUGCGGUGGUCGGCGUUGAUGUCGAGCAGCGCCGCCAAGCUCGACCUACUCCGGACCAACGUCGCCGCGAAGAAAAGGAACACCGACCUGGCUUUCCUACUGGGCAGGGCGGACAUGCUCCAGAGCAACGACGAGGCGUUCAAGGCGUGGUACUUGGCGGAGCGUGGCCUCAUCCUGAACCAGCUUCCCUCGAGGACGCCGCCCACGCCCACGCCCACGCCGACGCCCCCGCCAAGCCCGAGCAAUGAUGUCGCCGAGACUCCCCGCAGCACAGAAGCCACGUCGACGCCGCCAAGCACAGAGACCCUGCCAAGCCCGCGCACGCCGACUCCGCCGACGCCGGAGGCCGACCUCGCCGUCUGA